GCUGCGCGGAGCCGGGGCCAAAGCCCCGGCUGCUCCCGCCGCGCCCCCGCGCGUCCGCCGCGCCAUGCCGCUCCCUGCGCUGCUCUGCGCGCUUUGCUUCUGCUUCUUGGCCGCGGCCGCUCGUGCCGGCUACUCGGAGGACCGCUGCAGCUGGAGGGGCAGCGGCCUGACCCAGGAGCCCGGCAGCGUGGGACAGCUCGCCCUGGCCUGUGCGGAGGGCGAGAUCGAGUGGCUGUACCCGGCUGGGGCGCUGCGCCUCACCCUGGGCGGCUCCGAGCCCGGCGCGCAGCCCGGCAUCGUCUGCCUGCGGCCGGCGCGGCCCUUCGCAGGCGCCCAAGUCUUCGCGGAGCGGGCGGGCGGCGCGCUAGAGUUGCUGCUGGCCGAGGGCCCAGGCCCAGGCCCGGCCGGGGCCCGAUGCGCGCACUGGGGUCCCCGCGAGCGCCGGGCCCUUUUCCUGCAGGCCACCCCGCAUCCCGACCUCAGCCGCCGCGUGGCCUCCUUCAGCUUCGAGCUGCGGGAGGAUGGGCGUCCUGAGCUGCCCCCGCAGGCCCGCAGCCUUGGAGCGGAUGCUGCCUGCAGACCCUGCAGUGAUGCCGAGUUCCUCCUGGCCGUGUGCACCAGUGACUUUGUGAUCUACGGAACCAUCCUUGGGGUUGCCCACGACACAGAGCUACAGGAGUCUGUCAUCACCGUGGCAGCUGCCCGCGUCCUCCGCCAGACGCUGCCGGUUUUCCGGGUGGGAGGCCCUGGGGGCCAGGGGCAGGCCUCCAUUCGCACCCCACUGCACUGCGGCGUGCACCCCGGCCCUGGCACCUUUCUCUUCAUGGGCUGGAGCCGCUUUGGUGAGGCCUGGCUGGGUUGCGCUCCCCGCCUCCAGGAAUUCAGCCGUGCCUACGCAGCUGCCCACGCUGACCACCUGCACCCCUGCGAGGUGGUGCUGGACUGACAGGCCUGGGGACCUGGGUGCUGGGGAGGGUGGGGGGUGGCCUGCGGACGGCAUCACAGCAUCACCUGCUUUUGAGGUAACAGUGAUGACCAAUAACAGUGCUGAAUGGAUGAGCCAGUGUGCAUAUGGUCCCCAGCCCAGGCCGCCUCACUCCGUUCUCUCCUCCCACAGCCUCGGGGGCUGCACGCCACGCAGCCCAUGCCUGGGGGAGGGGCUGCUGCUGGGGGGGCACUCAGGGACCCCCUCUCACGUGACCCUCGGUCUGCUGUCCCAAUGCCAGGUGCUUCUAUCACUCAGAGUGGGACUGAAAAGAGGCCAUAACCCCCAAGGUCUCAGGUGGGCAGGCAGGCGGCCCCACUUUCCACCCUGAGGGAAAGGGCUGCGGUUUGGCAACCUGCUGACUUCCCCAAGUGGUGUGCCGCAAGCCCAGUGGUCACCCUGGCCCCCGCCCCCCGCCCAUGAGGAAGAAUGGGCCUCUGUCCCCAGGCCCCUCUGAUGUGCCCCCCCAUAGCUGUGGGGUCUCUCCUGCAGGGGUCCUAUUUGUUGCCCAUUUCUGGUGGGUGGGGGCACACAAUGGGGUCUCUUAAAGACCAUUUCCCCCACCUCUCCUCAGUGGCCUAACUGUCGUUGCCCUGGACCACACUGAAGGCCCUGAUGCUGAA